AUGUCCCUGGACUUACGGACCGAUGGAGCAAAACGUGGGGAGUUUCGAGCCGAAGUCGCUGUGGAGUCCUGUGCCAAUGCGGGCUGGAAGGACCAACGAUUUGAGGGCCAAAUCGUGAAGUACUUGGUGGACAAAGGCUACGGCUUCAUCAGGUGUCAAGAGCUGCGGCAAAGUCGAUAUCCAGACCGAGAUAUCUUUCUGCAUCAAAAGCAGCUCGGGAACUUCAAAGAGGGCGACGCUGUGAGCUUCGGGAUCUUCCUGAAUCGGGAUGGCAAGCCUCAGGCCACUGAGCUCGCGUACCUGAAUGGCGGCGGCGAGCAGCAGUACCAGCAGCAGGGCCAGUACCCGCAGCAGUCGCAGCAGUACCAGCAGCAGUCGCAGCACCAGCAGUACCCUCAGGAGUACCAGCAGCAGCAGUACCAGCAGUACUCACAGCAGCAGUACCAGCAGGGUCAGUACCAGCAGUACUCGCAGGAGUACCAGUCGCAAGACCACUAUGGUAUGCAGGGCCAGGGUGGCGACCAGGAACCUUUGGAGAGACUGGAUCGAUCGAACCUGAAUUCGCGGCAGUCCCACCAGGCCAGCAUGGGCGAAUGGCCGCCACAGCCGCCUCAGGAGGAGGAGGGCACACAUGAAGUGGAAGUGCCAAAGGAUUUAGUGUCUCAGUUGGAGGGAGGAACCCGACACAUCAGCGAGGGACCAGGCAUUGACCUCCUUGAUCAUAGCCGACUUCAUCAAUUGAAGCAGAUGGCAGGGGGCGACAUACAAAUUGCCUUCCAGACUCGACCAGAUCACAGCAACCCUGUGGCCGUGGUCAAAGGUCCGAAGGCACACGCCAGUUUGGCUGCCAUCUUGGUGAUGCAGGAGCUGUGUGACCUCAUCCAGAUCCCCGUGUGA